AUGAAAUUCUUAAUUAUAACUAUAAUUUUAUUUUUUAAUUAUAUCUAUGCCAUUCAGUUAGAAACACCUACUUCAAUCUACACCAAUUUUUCAAUUGAUGGAAUGAGAUGUAAUGCUGAAGGGGAAACCAUUUUACUUGAUCAAUGUAAAAACCUUUGUUCACACCCUCAAAAUAUUCAAUAUGAUACCACAAAAGAUAAAUAUUCAAUCUCAAUAUAUUUCGAUGAAUCAUGUACACAACUAUCCGAUCGUCAAUAUUUUACUUGCCCUCAAGCCCAAAUAGGAGCUGAUCAAAUUUAUUGUAACAAUAGUAUCAAGUAUGAAACAUUCUCCUCUUUUACCUUAAGCAAAAGGGGAUGCUCAUAUACUAGUGCAAGCAUUGGUAAUUGUACACAGUUUUGUGGUGAGACUUAUAAGGUAGUUCAACAAACAAAUACAUCAUUUAACUAUUCAAUUAUUUCUUUUUCCGAUGAAGAAUGUAAAAAUGAAAAAGAAAUUCCUUUAAAUUUCACAUGUAUUUCAGACAAUAAACCAGUAUCUGUAAUUGAUACAGAUGUUUCCAUUAUUUGCCAUGGAUCAUCACCUUCAAAUAACUCUGAAAGUUCAAAUAGCCAAUCAUCAUCAUCAAACUCUACAAGUAACUCGUUGAGCUCAUCAAGCUCUUCACAAGAUGGAUCAGAUAGUGAAAACUCAUCCUCAAUUGUUAAAUAUUCAAUUCUUUUAAUCAUUUUUACAAUUUUCAAUAUUUUUAUUUUAUAA